AUAUUCAUAUGUCGGUGAUUGCCAUGAGUUGGAGUCUUUUACAAAGGAAGGGCUGCAGGGCCUGGGCUUUCUUAAACGUUUGCAAGUCCACAACCGUUCGAAGCUUAAUUCUUUGUCAAAGGGAUUGCAGUGCCUCACUGGGCUUGUGACGUUGACUCUUGGUGGAUGUCCUGAGCUGGUAGCUUUGCCUGAUCGAGUAAAGCACCUUAACUACCUCCAAUAUUUAACCUUAUCAGGCCAACCCACAGCGAUUGAUGCAUCAGUAGAUCCUAUUGGCUGCAAAUUUCGACGUCAGAUAGUUCUGUGCCAUAGUCUUGGAGAACCCAUUGUCAUUGAUCGCCCAAAGUUGCAAGUCUUGCCUGAGAACUUGCAGUAUGUUCCUGCUCUGGAAUCCUUAAGCAUAUCCUAUCAUCCGGAACUAGUAUCAUUGCCUGAUUGGCUGGGAGACAUCACUUCUCUUCAAUCUUUGCAUAUUUUCAAUUGCACAAAGUUGACAUCUUUUCCAUGGAGCAUUCAGAGGCUUACUAUAUUGCAGAAUUUAGACAUUCAACAAUGUCCUGCACUGUCAAAGCGAUGUGAGAAGGGAAUAUGAGAGGAUUGGUGCAAGAUAAUGCAUGUUCCAAAUGUUUACAUGUAUCCUUAGCCACCCACGAACUGAUGUAAGACACUUUGGUUCCGUUAAUUAAGACCCUUUUUUUCUCAGUAAUUCUAAGCAUCAUUAGAUGGAUCAUGUGCAGAGAUAAUUGGCUAAAAAGUGGUAUACACAUCGAACUGAGUCAAAAUGGAGAUUCAUCUCAGCAGUGUAAACUAGUUCAAUAAUGGAAUAGAUGGAAGUUGCUCAUGGAGAAAUUGACGAAAAGAUGAACAAGGGAAUGACCGAUUGAUCACGAUAAUGCGAAAAACCGAACCGAAUUCGAUGCUUCGGCUUUGGUCUUAUUCUAAAAACUGUCCGGUUCGAUUAUUUUUAAUUUUGUUAACCGCUACGGCGCCGUCUCUUCUCCCUCUUUCUGUGCCAUGUCGUAAGCGAGUUUCCAUUUCCCAACUAUCGAUUCUACCCACCGGCCACCACUCAUCGCCAUUGGUCCAUUGUACGAUCUGUUCCGUUGGUUAUUAUCGCCUGCUAAACGCUACAAUCAGUACUUCUGUUUCUCCCUAUCUCUCUAUUUUGUUUGUGGUUUCCUGUUUUUUCUUUUUCUUUUUAUUUAUAUUGCCCAGAAAGGAAAUAGGUUUCUUUUUUUGGCUUAUGAAUAUGGGAGCUAGCUUUUGUAAUCAAUUUUGCAAUUGUGUUGGUAUCAGACUUGAGCCUUUUCACUAGUUUUGUUGUUUAAAUGGAACUUCAUCAAAUUCAAAUUGUAUAAGAAACCAUGAUUAAGUAUUGAUUGCGCUUCUGCAAAUUCUUUGUGGUUUAUGUAUGAUGGGCUUUUUUUUUCAUCUCUCUCCAAUUUUUCAUUUUUUAAAUCUAAUGUUAAUUAUUUUCUCUCCCUUUUCUGCAUAUGGAAACUAGCAAUCCUCCAAGAAAUGUUUUUUUGGGUUUGAUGAAUGUUUGGACAAUUAAUGGCUUGCAAUUCUGAUUAUUGAUUCUAUUGUUCUGGAUACUGGAGAGCGUUCUUACUCUUGUUUUGGAUCAGUUAAAACCAGUUAACCAGGUUUGGAUUUUAAAAGUUUAUAGUUUGGCUUGGAAGAUUGCCUUGACUUAACUGUGAGUACCCCUAUUGAAGAUUGAUUUAUUCAGACGAAAAAGCAAUGGCUGCUUUUGUUUUUUUACAUAGUAUUUGGUUGGAAGAGUUUUGAUUCUCAAAUUACUGAUUAUAAUUAACUCUUAUUUCUUUUAGAUUGCAUACUUAUAAACGUUAGCUAAUGGGUAGCAAAGAUGAAACUUGCUUCGCCAUUUCUAUUAUCAUCAUCAUCAUUGGCCUCAUUUUUAUUGCAAUUGUUCGCGUUAUCUAUGUGGUUUAUCGAACCAGCAAACCCUUGCGCCCUAAAUCCCCAAAGCCACUAAGUACUUUGAUUGUUUUGGGUUCAGGGGGACACACUGCAGAGAUGAUUAACGUCUUAUCUGCAUUGCAGAAGGAUAGGUUUAUGCCUAGAUUUUACGUUGCAGCUGCUACUGAUAAUAUGAGUCUACAAAAAGCUCGUGUCUUGGAGGACUUAUUAGCUGAUACAAAUGGGGGCAAGGUGGUCUCUGCAAAGUUCAUGCAGAUUUACAGAAGCAGGGAAGUUGGUCAGUCAUAUAUAACCUCCAUUGGGACAACUUUAAUUGCUAUUGCUCAUGCAUUGUGGCUGAUGAUUAAAAUAAGACCCAAAGUGAUUCUUUGCAAUGGUCCUGGGACUUGCAUUCCUCUCUGUGUCAUUGCAUUUUUGUUCAAGGUGGUAGGGAUUAGGUGGUCGUCUGUUUUUUAUGUUGAGAGUAUAGCAAGAGUGAAAAGGCUUUCUUUAAGUGGUUUGCUUCUCUACAAGUUGUGCAUAGCUGAUCAAUUUUAUGUGCAAUGGCCACAACUACAGAGAAAAUAUCCUCGAGCUAUUUAUGUUGGUUGUCUCAUGUAAUUGAUCAUGUUCUAAUGCUGUCAUGGUACUUGCUAGAACCUCAAGUACUCAGUAUAAUUUUCAAUUUUGAAGUUUUACUUUUUAGUGGUGCUCUAGUUCUUGGUCACAAACUUCAGUUGCAUGUUAGAAGUAGAGAUGCAUAUGUGCUCUGUGGAUGCCCAGUAGAUUGAGAGAGAAAGAGAUGAGAGAGAGUUAAUUGCCAUGAAGCUCCUAUUGCAGAAAUUUGUUGUUUAUCUGAUUUGAUUGAAUUCUAACUAAAUGUAAUAAUAUUUUCAGCAUAGUUAUUGAUUGGAAUAUAAUUUUGAGGUUUGUUUCUGUAACCUGAUGUAAGCAAAAAAUUUAUCAACAAAACUUUAUUUUAUAUGUAUAGAUUAAUUGCCUUGUCUAGCACUACUCAGGCUACUAUUUCUUUUAACCUCUAUUUUGUGUCAUUUAUGUACUAUUUUAAACUGUAACAUAUACACGCAAAUUGAGAAUAACGGGUCAUGAAAAUGCAAAAAUCUUUCAUUGUUGGCCUUUUGUUGUGGUGUUUCUGUGAGCUGAUUGACGAUUGAGCAUUGUAAUGAAUGUAGCCAUGUUGAACUAAGACUUGGCUCUGUUUUCUACUGUAGAUGCAGAUAUUUUUCUUUUGGCUGAAGAAAUGAGGAUAGCAAGUGAUAUGGAUUAGCCCACCACAUUGCAAUAAUAAGAUGAGUUCAUCUUGAAAUGGUAAGAGCACACAAAAGGACAUACUUGGUGAACUGAAUGCAUUGCACCCAGAAUGAUUUUGACAAAUCAGUAAUGAAAAGGAACUUGUCGAUUUGUGGUCUUGCAAUUUAUCAUAUGAUGCAAUCUAGUAGAUUUGUUCAUAUUGAAUGCUGUAACCUUUUGAUAGGAAGUUGUAAUACAUCAAUCCAAGUUGGAAAAAUUAAAGAGAUAAGGACCAAUACCUGGCAAUUUAUGUUUCUUAA